UCUGUCAAUAAACCGUGAAACAUUAUCACCCGUGACCAAACGUGAAACAAAAGCCGCUUUCUCAAUCUCGGAAUUUUGGUCUGCUGUCCAUUGAGUUACCGAUCAGCAAACGACACUUCCAAACUCUCCUUACACUACAAGCGUCGUUAACUUAGUAUGUCCAGAUAAGAGCACAACGAACGUAGUAACUGCUUCUGGAUAUAUCGAUUAGCCAUGCGGUUUUUAGUCCAAUUUGCCGCUGUUUUUGUUGUAAUUUGUGGAUUCUAUCUGGUGAAUCCUCCUCUCGCGGAUGCUGCGUGCCAAGGAUGCCAAUCAUGUGUUCCUAAAUGUAUUGGAGAAAAAGGUGGAAGGGGAGAAAGAGGAAGACAAGGAUUUCCUGGUCCACCUGGUUUACCAGGUUUUCAAGGACCAGAAGGUCUACCCGGUCCCAGAGGUGAUAAGGGCGGUAAAGGUGAAGCAGGCCCAACUGGUGAAAGAGGGCCAAGAGGACGAGUUGGUCAACCAGGUUUUCCAGGAGCAAAUGGAAAUCCAGGUAUACCCGGUGAGGAUGGUCCUCGUGGUAUGAUGGGAGACCCAGGCUGUAAUGGAACAAAGGGAGAGCGAGGUAUCCCAGGAAACCCUGGAAACCCAGGACCCAAAGGAAACACGGGCUUGCCUGGCAAUGUAGGAAUGAAAGGUGAAAAAGGUUCAUCAGCCACUGAUGUUGUUGGAGCUAAGGGAGAUACAGGACCUCCAGGAGAAAGAGGAGAUGCUGGAGAGCGCGGGGACAGAGGAUCGCAAGGUGGCCAGGGACCACCCGGAGAGAAAGGGGAACCUGGACCACCAGGCCCUGAUGGAGCAAAGGGAGAAAAGGGAAAUCAGGGGAUUGCAAAACAAGGAGCAAAGGGAAAGAUGGGUGAACCAGGUGUGAAAGGAGAAAAGGGAAAACCAAUGAACAUCAAAGAAAUUAUAGCAUCAAACCUCACUGUAAUCACAGUAAAGGGGAUCAAGGGAGACAAAGGUGAACCGGGCCAGUCUGGUAGCAGAGGAGAGAAAGGAGAAAGAGGACCAUCCAACCCUGGUCCCGAAGGUAUCCAAGGACCUACUGGGCCACAAGGAGACCCUGGUCAAAAGGGAGAACAGGGAGAGACUGGUACAAGAGGAGCUCCAGGAGAAGAUGGUCCACAGGGACCUCCUGGUACACCAGGAGAUGAAGGUCCUCUUGGAGAAAGAGGGGCAACAGGAAAUUCUGGUGAUCCUGGAGAACCAGGCUUGAAAGGAGACAGAGGAGACAGAGGACCUGAAGGAGUUGGACCACCAGGCCCUGAUGGCCCCAAGGGUGACACAGGGCCUCCCGGUUUUCCAGGUGCAGGAGGACCAAAAGGUGACAUAGGAAAUCCUGGUGCCACAGGCCCUCCAGGACCACCUGGACCACAAGGAACACAGGGUGACCCAGGACCUACUGGACCUCCAGGAGGAUUGGGACUUCCUGGCAAUCCUGGGAUGAAGGGUGCUACUGGUAAUCCAGGGCCCCGGGGCUUGCCAGGUCCAAAGGGGGAUAAAGGACCACGUGGAAUCACUGUCAUGGGAGGUCAAGGCAUGGAUGGAGAACGUGGACAAAGAGGAGAGAAAGGAGACAAGGGAGAACAAGGAUUUCCAGGCCCACAAGGUGAUAGCGAAAAUGGUCCCCCGGGAGAAAAAGGUAAUCGAGGACCACCAGGGUCUCAAGGAGAAGAUGGCCCAAAGGGGUCCCAAGGUCCCAAAGGUGAAGCUUGUGGUGACUGUCCAGAGGGCCCCCAAGGUCCUUCAGGAGAAGAUGGUGAAAGUGGCCCCCAAGGGCCAAGUGGUACCUCAGGGUCACCAGGCGACCCUGGACCUCAAGGUGACCCAGGGGCUCCUGGACCUCAAGGACGCAGUGGACGUGACGGAGAACCAGGUCUGCAAGGUGAUCCUGGCGAAGCUGGAGCUCCUGGGCCUAAAGGUGAAAAGGGAGAGGUUAUCAGAGUGGUAGGGGACAAAGGGGAGAAAGGAAAACCGGGUGUGGAGGGUAUCUCUGGUGAUCAGGGUCCUCCAGGAGCAGAAGGAGCACAAGGGCCACCUGGACCCAAGGGGUCUACCGGACCUCGCGGACUUAAGGGUGAGAAAGGCUUGGAUGGAAAGGAUGGGAAAACUGGCGAGACAGGUCAGAGGGGAGAAAAAGGAAUGAAAGGAGAGCCAGGAGAGGUUGUAAAUGGGCCUAAAGGGAAAGAUGGUGAAAAAGGCGAUAAAGGAGAUUUGGGGGCUAAGGGCGAAAAAGGAGAUUGUCUUAACUUAGGACAACUUAAGAACAUGACGAAGGGCGAAAAAGGCGAGCCAGGUGCCACAGGCUCCCCAGGUCAAGAGGGAGAUAAAGGAGAUCCAGGACCACAAGGAGAAAUUGGCCAGAAAGGACAGCAAGGAGAAAUAGGAAUGACAGGAGAGAAGGGAGAUGGAAUUCCAGGGCCGCCGGGACCUCCUGGUCCUCAAGGUCCCAACGGACCACCAGGUCCCAAAGGUGACACAGGAGCCACAGGUGACAAAGGUGCCCUUGGCGCUGAUGGUCCUCCAGGUAGCGAUGGUGGUAAGGGAGAGAAGGGAGACAUUGGGCCUCUCGGUAACCCUGGGUCACCCGGUAGUCCCGGUAAAAAUGGAGCCCAAGGGGACCCUGGAGAAAGAGGCGAGCGGGGUAGCGAUGGUCUGAAAGGGGAACCUGGUGAAAAGGGGAGUAACGGCCAGGCUGGCAGUCCAGGAGCGCCAGGCCAGACAGGACCUCGAGGAUUCCCAGGAGAUAGAGGAGCCAAGGGUGAUGCUGUAGUCGGACCACGUGGUCCUUCAGGGAAAGAAGGGCCUCAAGGUCAGCCCGGACAAAAGGGUGAACCAGGACCACCAGGAAGAGACGGAGACCCAGGAAACGACGGCGAUGUUGGAAACCCUGGAGAGAAAGGAAAAGAAGGAGCUGCCGGUCCAAAAGGUGUCGAGGGGCCCCCAGGAUUGAAAGGAGAGGUUGGUGAGCCCGGAAAUAUCGGAGAGAAGGGACUUCCAGGAAUCCCAGGAGGCCGUGGCGAUCAAGGCGAUAAGGGCAGUCAAGGAACAGAAGGAAUUUCAGGGCCGCAGGGCGUAGAAGGUCCAAAGGGUGAUGAGGGUCCACCAGGCAGACAAGGCUUCCCAGGCGUAAAGGGAGACUUGGGUAUGAAAGGAGAACAAGGUCCACCGGGAAAAUCAAAUGCAACAGUAAUACCUGGAGAUAAAGGCGACAAGGGAGAUCGCGGCCCUCCUGGGCCACCAGGAAGAAAUGGUGAAGAUGGUAUUGAUGGAGUAGCGGGAGAUAUUGGUCCCCGUGGUGACCCAGGGCCUGAUGGUGCACCCGGUGAACCUGGACAAGCUGGUACGCCCGGUGUACCGGGAACAUCAGGAGACAAAGGGGAACCAGGACUCAGAGGACCUGCAGGGAAAGAGGGCCCUAAAGGCCAGAGAGGACCCGCGGGCCCACCUGGAGAACAAGGGCCACGGGGAGCCGUCGGAGACAGAGGCGCACAAGGAAGUAAGGGUGAUGUUGGCCCACCUGGAAUUGGUACCCCUGGGUCCCCAGGGGACCCUGGUCCAGUUGGCGGUCCAGGAGCUCGUGGAAAUGAUGGAGAGCCGGGGCCGAGUGGAAAGGAUGGAGCACAAGGACCUCCAGGGCCUCCUGGCUCCCCGGGAGAUAAAGGUAAUGCAGGGCCUAAAGGCGACCAAGGAAAUACAGGAGAAACGACAGUCGUUCAGGGCCCCAAAGGGGAGAGAGGUCAAGCUGGCAGAGAUGGUUUGGAUGGCGCUGAUGGAACCAACGGUGAACCCGGAUCCCCUGGACAGCCUGGAAACCCUGGACCGCCAGGGAACGUAGGUCUGCCAGGUGACCCAGGUCCGAUAGGUCCUGCUGGUCCCCCUGGUGAUAAUGGUUUGGCGGGAGACCCUGGCCCUAAAGGAGAAAAGGGACAAGAGGGUUCAGCCGGGCAGCCAGGAGUCAAGGGUGAUACAGGUAUUAAAGGUAAUGCAGGCCAACCAGGUCAGCAGGGAGACCAGGGGCCACCAGGAGAGGCAGGAGCGAAUGGCGAGCCUGGGUUGAAAGGAGAACCAGGACCACCAGGACCAAACGGUAGCCCUGGAGAAAAUGGAGCAACUGGGGCAAACGGAGACCCUGGUCAACCUGGUCCCCCUGGGGAUGAUGGUGCCAAAGGAAGCACAGGACCUGUGGGACCGCCAGGACCUGCCGGACCCAAAGGAGUUGGAGGAAUGGAGGGUUUUCCAGGAGAUCAGGGGGAGCCAGGAGACCCUGGGGAAAAUGGUAUUACUGGUCUACCCGGAGAGAAGGGAAAUGAUGGAUUUCCCGGAGUUCUUGGCGAGAAAGGAGAUCCUGGGGCUACUGGUCCCCCAGGCCCACGGGGUGAUCCUGGAAGAGGAGAAGGAAGUCCCGGCGAAACAGGUGAACCUGGCUUGGAUGGAAUUAAUGGGCAGGAUGGUGAACCAGGUCCCACAGGGCCCCGAGGGCCUCCUGGGCCUCAGGGUCCGAAAGGUGAUGACGGAGCCCCUGGAGUCAAUGGAUUAGAUGGACCCAUAGGUGACAAGGGAGAUCGAGGCAUAGCUGGACAACCCGGUCUGCCGGGAGAUCCUGGUCUGCCAGGUCCUCCAGGAGAAAGCGGACUUCCUGGACCCCCGGGUGAAGCAGAUUUCGGAUUUUAUGUGGUGCGGCAUAGUCAAACUGCAGAGCUUCCUGAUUGCCCAGCCGAUACGGUAUCGCUAUGGGAAGGCUACAGUUUGCUUUACGUGCAGGGCAAUGAACGUGCUCACGGCCAAGAUCUUGGUCAGCCCGGUUCUUGUCUUCCAAAAUUCAGCACCAUGCCUUUCCUGUUCUGUAACCUGAACGAAAACUGUAACCUGGCCUCGAGAAAUGACUACACCUUCUGGCUGUCGACACCCGAACCUAUUCCCAUGAUGCCUGUGCAAGACCAAGAUGUGAAGCCGUUUAUCAGUCGCUGCCGUGUCUGUGAGGCGCCAGCUAUGGUCAUGGCUCUUCACAGCCAGAGCAUGGUUGAGCCAGAUUGUCCUGAGGAAUGGCAGCCACUCUGGAGAGGCUACAGCUUCUUGAUGCACACAAGCGCCGGAAACGACGGUGCUGGCCAGCUUCUUUCAUCCCCAGGCUCCUGUCUGGAGGACUUCCGUACCAGUCCUUUCAUCGAGUGCCACGGUCGCGGGACAUGUCAUUACUACGGUAGCACGUACAGUUUCUGGUUAACAACCGUCACGGACGAGGAGCAGUUCCGAACACCGACAUCAAAGACGAUUAAAUCAGGAAACCAACGAGAACACGUCAGUCGCUGCACUGUUUGUAUGAAAAAGGUUUACAACAACAAUAAUGGAAACGGAAAUGGGGGAGGAGGUGGGGUCGUGGAUCCCAUCGUCGACCCUGUAGACUUGCCAAACUAACUCAGUAUGAGCAGUAUUAGUAUAGUAAUGUCGAAAGUUUUCUUUUUUUAUUAUUUACGUUAAGCAAUGUAAUCUCGUUCUUUACGUUGCUUUUGGAUAACGCCGUUAUUUGAAAUUCUAUGAAGGGAGGAAUGCGAUUCACUUCCAAGGUCAGUAGACCUGUUAUUGGAUUAUUGUUUUUCAAGUCUAAAAUUAAAUUUACCAAUAUUAGUGAUAAUGCCAUCUCACCUUUUUCCACAAAGGUUGAGUGAGUUUAACUGUUUCUGCGUUAUAUUUGGUCAACGUUACUCUUCAAAAUCCGUAGACGAUCACCUAGAGGAUUAAAAGGCACAUGACCUCCGUGUUUAUCAGACCUGUUACUCGUAGCUUGUUUUCUUCAUUUUGUGACAUUCAGGUCUUGAUUGUUAAUGAUAUUCAUCCUUGAUGAAUCUCGCGAUCAAAUUGGUUUUACUAAACAUCAAUUUUGAUGAACGCUAUGCGCGUUCCUUUUGAUUUUUUUAUCAGUAUUUUUUUUUCAGAUAAUACCCAAGUUUUAAAGCAUGUCCUCUUACGCAGUUUCAAAAAAGUGAUUUCCCUCCGAUAACAUCAAAUCCCUUUUUUUGAAAAUUUGCGUUAGCAAGAGGUUUGCUUUCUAACCGAAUUGAGGGGGAGCCUUUCCGCUCCGCUUUCUAAAACUGCUUGUUAACAUGUCAAAAGCAAAUUGCUGGUCUGUAAUAACAUAAAAAUCAAUUGCUAUGGAAGAAGAGAGAGAAAAAGAACGCGCUCUCCCCAUCAUUCUCUAGAUGGUUUUUUUUUUAUUUCGGUACCGUAGGCUAUAGGCUAGCGAGGAACGACAACGGAAUGUUCUAAAAAAUAAUUGAGACUAGUGAAGUCUCGCGUGACAAUUUUCUUAGGUCCGCCCCGGUGGACCUCGGUGGUCUGUCGUAUGUCGGAAAUUUCUUUAAACUUUGCACUGCCCUCAAAAAAAUUAAUGGUAACAGUGAUAAAGUCAGUUGAAUACCGCUAAAAAAGAACUAUUCAUCCGUCGAUAAAACGUAACAUUCUCAAGAUGGACUCGAAUCAAGUUUGCGACGACCUUGAUUUGCGAAUUCGCAUCCAUGGAAAAAUGGUAAAUUAGAGAAAGGGUCGAUUUUCCGCCCUUGGAUCACUCUCAUAAAUUCAAUUUACUUAGUUUUGUUUAGUUUUCCAUAAUGGAAUUCUAUUAAUCUUUUUAUGCUUUCUGCAAGAGACUGUUUCAUGAGGAUUAUUAGUCAGUAGCUCGUUUAGUAUAACUUUCUGGUAGACGGCUAACAAUGUUACUUCAUCUAAGAGCCUCAUAUAAUUAAAGAGCAUGUUUUUAAAUAUAAUCUCCUCAUAGUUUACUUGGAUGGCCAACCACAGAAAUUAUAUGAAUAGUGUUAGAUUUGUAGUGCGAUACACGAAGCUAACGUUUCUGUUAAGAAAUAGUCUCUUUUGGUUUCUCUUUUAUAAAUACUCUAUAUUUUAAUGGGUGGUUGGGUAUGAACUUUUCUCUCUUUUAAGAAAUUAAGGGAUUAGGAGUA